GAGACUCAUAAGAUGGCGACCGCGGAACCGGAAAUAAAUAUAAAUCCACCCCGACAUGCUGAAGAAGAAGCAGAGACUGGUCAGGAGAUCGUGAGCCCUGAGAGCUACAUCAAACACCCCCUACAGAACAAAUGGUCUCUCUGGUUCUUCAAAAAUGAUAAGACCAAAACAUGGCAGGCAAACCUCCGCCUCAUCUCGAAGUUUGACACGGUUGAAGAUUUCUGGGCUCUGUAUAAUCAUAUUCAGUUGUCAAGCAAUCUGAUAUCUGGAUGCGACUACUCCCUCUUUAAGGAUGGCAUUGAGCCCAUGUGGGAGGAUGAGCGAAACAAGCGAGGAGGGCGUUGGCUGAUCACGCUCAACAAGCAGCAGAGGAGACAAGACCUGGACCGCUUCUGGCUAGAAACACUUCUCUGCCUUGUUGGGGAGGCUUUCGAUGACUAUAGUGACGAAGUGUGUGGUGCAGUAGUCAAUAUUCGCACUAAAGGAGACAAAAUCGCCAUCUGGACCGCAGACUUCGACAACAGGGAAGCCAUAACACACAUAGGGAGAGUCUAUAAGGAGCGCUUGGGAAUCCCCAUGAAGAUGACCAUUGGCUACCAGUCCCACUCUGACACCGCCACAAAGAGCGGCUCCACCACCAAAAACAAGUUUGUUGUCUGAAAAUGAACCGUGUGCCUUGUUUUGUUUGGUCUACUUUUCAUUGUGGGUAGGUUAUAUUUACUUAAUAUAGCAAUGGCUGCGUGACGAAAUCUGGGAAAAAUCCAUGACUAUAUACCAAAGCUUCAACAGAAACAGCCCUAGACCUGUGAACACAGGAAAAACUUUAUUAACAGGACACACUACUUUCUCUGGAACCCCCCCCCCACGCACACACACACACCUGCCAAUGCUAUUAAUUCACAUGUCAUAGCCAUGCAGGUGAACAUGCAAACCUCAAAAUGCAAAUGAAGAAUGUUCAUAGUAGGAAAUGUAAGAUGUUCUGAGUGUUCUUAUAAAGAAAGUUAUUUUUUUGAUUUAUUUAAUGGCAGGGAAUUCAUUUGAAAUGCAAAAAUAAAACAUUUCUCAGUGCCCUUGUAUACAGCAUUGUAAUUGCUGUAAUCCUUAAUGAUGUUACACUUUUUUAAUUUAUUAUACCAAUUUGCUUUUUAGCAUUUUUUUUAACUUGUUUUGUGCUAUGGCCUUAAAGGUGAUUUGUUUUUUGUAAUUUUUCUUUUUUUUAAUGCUAAAUGACAUGUUAUAGAAUAUCCUUUUUUGUGAUUUCACUUGUUUUUGAGAAACUUACCCUAACCAGCAAAUCACUUCUUCAUCCUUGUGUAGUUUAGGGGCCCUUCUAUAACAUACCAUUUACAUCAAAAAUAGGGAUUUGGUUGUAAAAAAAAAUACUUCUCCUUUGAACCUCAAGCGCAUGUAAUCAAGCCUUUCUGAUAAUUUCAUGACUCAAUUAGUCUUUGUUAACUACAUGAUUAAAACUUUGGUUUU